AAAUCCCCCUCCCUAACCUGGGUCUACGACUACACCAACGAACCCCCCUCCCCAUCCUCCGAAUACGGUUCCCUCAAUUUCGUUCCACAACAAUGGAACGCAGACUCUGCCUCACAACUCGCGAACACCGUUGAGGGUGACACGAAUAUUACACACGUACUCGGGUUCAACGAGCCUGAUGCGUCGGGGAAUGGGCAAAGCGGGAUGGAGCCCGCUUAUGCAGCCGAGGUGUGGAAAGAAUACAUCGAGCCCUUGGCAGCGAAAGGCAUCAAACUCGGCGCACCAGCCGUAACGGGCUCCCCAGUCGGAAAGGUCUGGCUCCAACAAUUCUUCGGCAAUUGUACCUCGUGCACAAUCGACUUCAUCCCCCUCCACUACUACGGCACCUUCGAAGGUCUCGCAUCCCACUGCGGCGAUAUAUACUACUCUUUCUCCAACCGUACCCUCUGGAUCACCGAGUUUGCUCUGGAUAAUGCGAGUGAGGAGGAUACCCUGGGGAUGAUGCAAACGAGUUUGGAGUGGUUGGAUGGGUUGGAGUGGGUUGAGAGGUAUGCGUGGUUUGGGAGUUUUAGGAGUGACGUU